GCACCCUGGCGGACGCACCCUGGCGGACGCACCCUGGCGGACGCACCCUGGCGGCGCAGGCAGCGCGGCGGGCAGCCCUGCCGCUGAGGCCCCGCAGCUAUGGCGGCGACCGCAGUGAGAGUGAAGGCGCUGAGGGGAGACAGCGGGCGCUUCCGGUGGCGGACGCCGGUCGUAGCGGGCGGGGUGCGGGGCGCGGCGCAGGACGCAGCAGCAGGACGUCAGGACUAUGAUCUCUUGGUGAUUGGCGGGGGAUCCGGCGGGCUGGCCUGUGCCAAGGAAGCUGCUCAACUGGGAAAGAAGGUGGCCGUGGUAGACUAUGUGGAGCCUUCCCCCCGAGGUACCAGGUGGGGCCUCGGUGGCACCUGUGUGAAUGUCGGCUGCAUCCCCAAGAAGCUGAUGCACCAGGCAGCACUGCUGGGGGGCAUGAUCAGAGAUGCCCCCCACUAUGGCUGGGAGGUCGCCCAGCAGGUACCACACAACUGGAGGAAGAUGGCAGAAGCCGUUCAAAACUACGUGAAGUCCCUGAACUGGGGGCACCGGGUGCAACUGCAGGACAGAAAAGUCAAGUACUUUAACAUCAAGGCUAGCUUUGUCAAUGAGCACAUGGUUCGCGGUAUCGCAAAAGGUGGGAAAGAGACUCUGCUUUCGGCCGAGCACAUUGUCAUCGCUACUGGAGGGCGGCCGAGGUACCCCACGCACAUCGAAGGUGCCUUGGAACACGGAAUUACAAGUGAUGAUAUCUUCUGGCUGAAGGAAUCCCCUGGAAAAACGUUGGUGGUCGGAGCCAGCUAUGUGGCCCUGGAGUGUGCUGGCUUCCUCACUGGGCUAAGACUGGACACCACCGUCAUGAUGCGCAGCAUCCCUCUGCGGGGCUUUGACCAGCAAAUGUCAUCCUUGGUCACAGAGUACAUGGCUUCUCAGGGCACCCAGUUCCUGAGGAGCUGCACCCCCUUGAGAGUGAGGAAGCUCCCGGAUGGCCAGCUUCAGGUCACUUGGGAGGACCUCAAGUCUGGCAGGGAGGACAUGGGCACCUUCGACACCGUCCUGUGGGCCGUAGGAUGGUCCAAUCCAGGACUUUAAAAUAAAAUGCCCUGGGGGCCACACGGCUGGUGCAACAGAGAGCUCUUGGACUGGACGUCCUGCCCCAGAGUGAGCUGAGCCUUGACAUGAAUUAAACACAAGAGGGAAGGAUACCCCUCAUGCUCCAUGGACAUAUGCUGAAGGCUGCAAGACUCUCCCAUGAGGCUAAGCUCCUGCCUGGACCAGCUGCUCAUGUACCUAAUGCCUGGGCCACAGCCGGAGAGGACCCUGGACAUAGGGAUGGCGAAGUCAGCCCUGCAGUCUAGAAGCCCAGGAGGACUCCCGAGCCUGUUCCUUGGUGCAGCCUUGAUCUCCAUGUGGUGGAUUAAACACAUUAGCAGUUAAAGCAGUUAAUUGCUGUGCAGGGGGCCCACUCAUUGUUUGUCUCUGAAUCACCCACCCACACCAGGUGUCUCAGAUAAUAGACUGGGAACUCGCAGCGAGGAGGAUUUCCUGUCUGCAGAUGUGCCGAUUACAGUGCUGAGUGAAGACAGUCAGCCUGCGCUGCCGCGGGCUCGAAUUCACCCUGCACAGUUAACCAGUUGUGGCCUGAAUCCCUGGCUGUCUGGGGGAGCGGGAGCAAGACAGGCGUCAUGGAGUGGACACCUUUGAGCCGAAACGCUUCUUGGCUGGAGGUUGAAUUUAGCUUAGAUUUUGUUUUAAAGCACAGAAGGAGGUCAUCUGGAUUGCAGCCUGGAAAACCAGGAGCUGAAACUGUCCGCUUGCCCUCAGCAUCUCCAGCUUCUUGGGAAGGUUCUCUGUCUCUCACUCAAGGGAAGGACAGAAGCUCUGGCACAUCCAUCCUGGGGCCAUGGGAGUCCUGCCCACUGUUGGAAGAGCUCAGAUUGCCAUGUUCGCAGUGUCUGUAGUGCUGGGAGGACUGUUCCAUAACUGCCUCGGGAGCCCCCUUCGUCUGCUGAGUGAGACCUUGGGUAAUCAGCCGCUGUAGCCAUUUCCUUUUCCCAGGCUUUAAUCUCAGCAGAAGAGCUGUUAUAGUCCCCCUGUGUGUACCACCAAGGUUAGGUCACUUCUGAGCCUCUAAGAUGGUGUAAAGGAGGCAGCGGGCCCUGGCUUUCCAGCUUCCAUCCAACUGUCAUACUGAGGCCCCCACCAUGAGCCACUCUGAGUGUAGCCCACCUACACAGCAUGUGUGGAUGGAAUACAGCCAGGGACACAGAUAGUCUCUGCGGAGCCCAUGAUGGGGGCCCACCAUGCCCAGAGAGGGGGACACAUCUGCCCGGUACGGGCUGCAGCCCGGGGCUCCUCUUUCUCUGCCCCAGGGACUAUGUGCUAUGGUGUACAUGGUAGCUGUCCUCGAUCAACUGUGUUCAUCUGAUGACUCUCCUAUACCACAGACACGGCCCACACAAGUCCCUGAGGAAUUUUCCCCACCGGAGCCAGGCAGCAGGAGAGGGGGGCAGGAAGCAAAACAGAACCAAGCCCCUGAGGCUGGGGAUUCGUGGGAGGAAUUGCUCUGAGUCCAGCAAGAAGGAAGAGGCAGUCCAAGGUUCCAGAUCUACCCAAAGGCCGUGGGUUUUGAGGAGGAGCUGGUAGGCUGACCUGGUUGGGAGAAGUCCAAGUCCAAGGCCACCAAGCCUGUUCUCUGAGACCACAUCUUGGGCUAUGGCUAUAGGAAAGCAUGUGUGGCUGUAUUCUUCCUGAUGUGGACUCUGCAGUGGCCUGGCUGUGACAAGUCACAUACAGAAGACUACUUUGUGACAGACAUCUCAACUCACCCAGUGCCCACCUCUUCCCUGCUCUCAAGGUGGAGCAGCCGGCCUUGAAGAAGGCCCUGCUCUGCUGCUGAUAGUCUAAUGCCUUUUUAUUUUAGUGCAGAUGGAGAGUUUGUAAUUACUGAUAUCAAAAGAGCCAAAUCUGCUUGUGUAUGUGGUUUAUUUUUGGAGGGAAGAAGACAUUUAUGGAACUCGUGCCGGUAGGCACCUCCCACAGGCUCAGGGAAGUGGCCACGGCCUUCCCCACCACACUGUAUGGCUCCCAGGCAGUGCGCCGUUGCUCCUGAAGCAGCACGAUUGGCUCAGUGACCUUCGUUGCCCUCAGUCCUGGCUUGCAGAGGUGGUAAUCCAUCACAGAAGCCACGAGAGGGCAGCGGGAAAACAGUGCCCUGUGCUCCCAGACUGGCCUCGUGCCUUCUGCUUGGGAUACCCAAUACAGUCAGGGAUAGAGAGCUGUGCCGGGCCUUCAAGCCAGCUCCUUCCUGUGUCCAGGGUCACCUUGCCCCCCGCACCUUCCACCCCUCCCAUAGCUAUCAGACCCAGCUGGCCUGCCUCAGUGCUCACGAGCAUCAGGUGGGGUAUUUUUUGCCAAGUCGAAUUCAGGAUUUAUAGUUAGAACUUAGUGGAAACCAAUUAGGAAAAAAGGGAAAAAAUGACCCUUAGUGACAGCUCUUUUAGAGAUAAAUGUGUAUAUGUAUAUAUUAAGUGUGCCAUCUAAAUUCUGCAAGUGCCACUUGGAGUAGCCAUCCAGUGGGGGAAAUUAUAUCUAUAGCGGUUAAAACGAUAAUUGCCACCAUGGAGCAUGUUACUUCCUGGGGGCUCCUAUGGACAAGGCUGUAGCUGGGCCUGAGCUGGAGGUUAUACUAUCAAGUCCAAGGGUUUUAGGGGUAAGUGUGGCUUAUUUUAUAUGAUGUCAGUGCUUGCACACAAGCUUGAAUAGAAAAGUCCAUGAGUUCCCCAAGGCUUAAGUUUGCCCCAGUUGUCCAAAGAGCCCUCCUAAGAGACUCCCUCAGGAUGGUCUGGGGGCCACUGGUGGGUGCUGGUGGUUACAGAGAGCAGCCCACCUCAGGUCAUGCUAAGGUCCAGGGGCUCAGUCAUUCAUUCAGCCCUCCCUGGGACUUUACAUUGAGGCCAGUAAGAUAGGUGCUCUCCCCUGUCUCCAGGGACCUUGCAGCUAUGGAUGGUGCCUGCGCCUCACUGAGAAGGGGCUGUUUGAGAAAAUAAAAGAAGCCCUUUGCUGUUA